UGGUGCUUUGUUCUGCAACUGCAGCUGCGUCUUUACGCGCAGUUGUGUCGAUGGAUUCGUUUAAAUUCAUGGUUCUAAAAGGUUUACCAGAACAAUAUGUGGAGUAACGUUUUUUUUUGUCGAAGACGACCUAGAGAAUUACGUAUUUGUGUGUGGAAGUCGUUGGUUUGUUUAUUUAUUCAUCAAAUACUUUUUUGCACCCAGCAUAGCCACUGCAGCUUUUCAACGCCUUUUUUUCGCGAACAUAUUUGUCCCGUAUUUUUCUCCACAACUUUGUACACCCCUCGACCGGCAAACCGACAUUUGGAAAGAUCUCCCUCCAUGAAUUUGACUCCACGAAUGUGUGAGUGGUCAUAAUUUCGGAUUUCUUCCGACAUGAGCUCUUCAAUCGGAUUCAUUCUCUCAUAAAAAAUAUUGGUUUACGAAACCGGAAAUGCGAGACUCCAGAAAGGAUGUAGUUAGCAGACCAAUCACAGCCUUGGAGGCUGCGUGAGGCUUGCGUAGCUUUUGACGCUAGUCUAGAUACAUUGAUCGACGCACGCAAGCACGUAAGAAGGGAUAAAGCACACAAGGGGCUCUUAAGCAUAUUUGACAUAACAACGGGUCAAAAGUGCCCUUUUAAUUUAAUUUCACAUGUCAUAAACGGACUACGAGUUGCUUUGGGCCCUUACAGCUAACAGCUGUGACCACAUAAAAGCGAGCUUCUCGAUGAAAGAACGUCUCUUGAGUCACUAGCCACAAGUGUUAAUGAAUCGUGAUGGAGUUGUCUCAGAGGGACAGGCUGUCGGAGCUGGUGGAGCAGCUUACCACAUCUGGAGAACCACAACUCAACCAGGAGAGCAUGAAGGAAAUCAAGAAUAUCUGCAAAGUGUCUAAUGACUGCAUAGACCAUGUGUAUCACUCAGUGAUCUCCCAGCUUAACCAACAACAUGCUGAGGUCCGACUGUCUGCCUUCCAGGUUGCCAGUGAGCUCUUCUCAAGAUCGCACCACUUCAGAACACUGCUGGUGGACAACUUCCAGGAAUUCUUGGAGUUGACGUUAGAGACUAACACAGAGCAGUCCCUCCCCCCUCCUAAGGAAGUAGCCAGAAAACUCAGGUCGCUGGCCAUUCAGACUGUCCAAUCAUGGCAUGCCUCUUAUGGGGCAGCUUAUAAAAAGUUAGCACUGGCCUACCACUAUCUCAAACAAGUUAAGAAGGUGGACUUUCAGGGUGCUGAGUCCAGGACAGUGGCAGAGAUGAGGAGGGAAGACGAAAGACAGAGGAAAAUGGAGAGAAUCUACAAGGAGAGAGUGGAGGCAGCCUCCAAAGACAUGGAGGAGUCAUACCAGGAAAUUCUGGCAUCAUUGACAGAGAUGGAAUCCUGCAUGGGCCUCCUUCUCCCAGAGUUUGACCUUCUAGACAUCCAGAAAACCAUAAGCGGCUCUCCCAGCUCCCAACCAGCCAAUGAAUGUCCAUCAGUUGAGGAACAGCCCUGCUGCAGCAAAGACCUGGAGGAUUAUCGGAUAGCAGGAAUGAUGCAAAAAAAUGAGGAAGGCAGAGAAGGAAUGAAAGGCAAUAGGGAGGGAAAGAGAGAAGAAGAGACAGCAAGAAGUGAAGAAGAGGGGGAGUCUCUUGACAAAGACUUAUUUCUUCGGAACUCAGGGCUCAUCUCUCACGCUUACAAUCUGGACCUGAACUUGAGUCCUGGUCUUCGUGUGAAGGAGACGGAGGAUAAUGAGGCAGUGGUUUCCACGGUGAAAGACCUCCAUAGACUCAUAACAAACAAGUAUCUACCAGCUGUGCAGGGCUGGAUUCAGGUCUUCACCAAGUCAGGUGCUGAGCAGCAGUUGUUAAGGAGAGCGCUGGAUCUGAAACGAUCUUUGGAAGCAACCCUGCAGAAACACCAAGAGCUUCACAUUGAUUAUCAGACCACAGUCUGCCAAGGGAUGAAGGCUGCUUCAGAUGGAGAGGAAGAAAAUGAUGAUGAUUUUGAUGAGGUUCCAGAAAAAGAGGGAUAUGAGCUGCACAUUCCAGAGCAUCUACGAGCGGAGUAUGGUUUGGAUCCGGCUUCUUCCAACUCAACAACACCAGUCCCAAAAAGAGCUCCACCGCCUUGCUCUUCCUCCUCCUUUUCCUCUUUGUCCUCCCAGGUGAAGCGCCUAAUGGAGGAGUAUCAGGAUCCAACAUGUGCAGCUACCACACAACGCCACCUAAAACCAAACCCUCCCCUACCUGCACAGCCCAGCUGCUCCUCAGGUCCCAGUUCAUCUCAGUCCAGCUCCGAUCAGAAGGUUGUUGAUGCUCCUGUGGUUCCAUUUGGUCUGGACCUGUACUACUGGGGCCAGGAACAGCCUAACGCUGGCAAGAUCGUCAAGAUGUCCUCUCAGCAUCAGUUCUGGGUUCCCAUUAAUGUGGACGAGGAGGUGGAAAACAAGGAGCUCCUGGGAGAGAGCAGGAGUAGAUUUAUCUCCUUCCCUGGGAGCUUCACUCCUGUCAAGCAUUAUUGCAGUGCUCCACUGGAUAAUGGAAAGCUGUGUAAGAGACAGGACCGCCUCAAGUGUCCAUUCCAUGGUCUGAUUAUUCACCGGGACCAGGAGGGGCGGCCCUGCAGGCAGGAGGACCGACUGAGGGAGGAGCAGGAGAAGAGGAGGAAGAGGGAGGAGCAGUCUGACUGGCGGGAUGUAGAACUGAUGCGGGACAUUGAGGCUACAACAGGGGAAAACCUGGGAUCCGACAGGGUUGGUAAAAAGGGGAAAGGGAGGAAGAAGAAGUAUCCCAACCUCAGCGACCUGAAGCACAGCGCCAAAACGGCCCGCUCCAGGCUGGAGAAAAAAGUUCUCAACAAGAGCAGCAUGCGCAGAAUAGCUGACGUGAUGGCUAAAUCUGACCAGCGAAAACAUGACAAGUUCUCCAACCAAUUUAACUAUGCUCUCCAGUGACCUUCAUCCAGCUGCUGAACACUGCUGUUCCUUCUUUUCAACUUUUGAAUGGAAGGAACGAUUUUUUAUAUAAAAUCAAUAUUAUUAAUAUACAAUACAUUUUUGAACACUAUGAUUUCACUGUUGUUUGAUGAGCCAGACAUCAAGGACAAAUGAACAUUCAUAUUCCUGAGUGUGUCUGCUUCCUCUUUUGACCAUGUGACAAUUGAUCUUAUCAAAGAAAAAUAAAGGAGAAAUGUACAUAUGCUGAAUCUAAGGGAACAAACAGAUGUGGUACCUGGUGUGGUUAGGCACUGCUGUUUGAAAGCUAGAAAAAUACAAAGAAAGUCACUUGACAACUUAAGGUUGAUUAAACGUUAUCACUGCCAGUAGUCUCAUUGAGCCACUUCAAUUAAUUUUAUUUUGUAUAGCCCAAAAUCGCAAAUUACUAAUUUGCCUCAGAGGGCUUUACAGUCCGUACACAUGCAACAUCCUCUGUUCCAAAACCCUCACAUCAGCACAGGAAAAACCCUUCGAGGGGGAAAACCACCAUCAGAUAGAACCACCAUCCACAGAGGCUUCUGUGGGGAGGGAGAGCAGAAAGAUGUUGGUUUAUGAUGACAGUACACUCAAGCAUUACGUAAGAGAACAAUAACAAAUUGCGGGAGUAAAAAGGGACUAAUAACCAAAAUAUAAAUCAAAUCUCAAAAUUGAUAUUCACUCAGUAAAAGAAAGGAAUUGAAGGUUUGAGUUUGAUCGCUGGCUAUGUUUCCAGCCAGCACUGCAGAAUGCAGAAAGAAAUCACAAAAAUGUCUUAAAGUAUAACGGUUUAUUAACUUCCAAUAAUACUAAUCAGAUCAAUACCAUUUGAAAUCAACAAAAGCUACUAUACGAUAUCCAACCAACAAAUAAAAACAUUCAUGCGUGUGGAGGGUGAGGUGAGAGCUCAGGAUGGGAGCUAGUUGAAAGCUAAACUACUGACCUCAUGGCAGAGGUAUUGGUAGCAGGCAGUGUUUGUACACCACUUGUGUUUCUCACAUAGUUAAACCUCUGGAGGUAACUGUGGCGGGACAGGUGUAUUGGUUAGUAUAUUAGAUAGUGUCUUCAACCUUGCAAGUCAAUUCAGCAAGAAAAUUUGCAGAGGGGGAGCUCACAGUCCACAGCAGGGGGACAUCUGUGGUGUCUCUGGCUUAACCAAUCAGAUCUCAGGGCUGUAUCAUCAAGAGAGAGAAAUCACACCUUGGUGUGAAGGCAUAGUGGUUUUUCUGCACUGUUAUUCAAUCAUUUUUUAUUGCAUAUGUGAAGAUGUAUGAACUGAAUACUAUGGAAGUUUGGUGUAUGAAGGAAAAAAUAGUAUUCUUAAUAUAAAAUAACCUGGAUAUUCUGUAUCGCAUACAGCUAGUGCACCAACAUGUCUAAAAGUUUGAUAAUUUGUAAAUUCUGUUCUUACUGUCUUACUACUAGUGCUACUAACGAACCGCUGUGUGGGAACAGAGAAAAGUGAUAAAUUACUGCCAAAGUAACCAUUAUUACAGCAUUAGGAAUGUUUUUUGAAAAAUGAAGGCAAUGUUGAAAUUACAUAAACUUUCCCUUUAUAUUCAA